CCUAACCUAAGUUGAAAAAUAAAUAUUUUAAAUGCACCAUACAAAUAAAUCUAAUUGGAUAAAUCGAUAGGUUCCGCCUAAACAUUGUAAUAACAAGAAAAAAUUUAUUGAACUUGAAUAUGGCACAAAAAAUUAACACUUCAAAUUUUCGAAGUGUCUUCAAAGUUCUGGAUAAAGAAGCUCUUCAUUGGUUCCCUGGACAUAUGGGUAAAGGAUUAAAGCAAAUGCAAAAUAAACUCAGAAGUGUCGAUUGCAUUUUCGAAGUACAUGACGCAAGGGUUCCAAUAUCAGGACGAAAUGAUGAAUUUCAACAUACUAUAGGCGGCAUCAAACCACAUAUUUUAAUACUAAAUAAGGUUGAUUUGAUUCAAAGGAAAUAUGUAGAUAGAAUAAAAGCUAAUUUGAAUGACAAAUAUGAAAAUAUUAUAUUCACAAAUUGUAAAAAUGAAAAAUGUAGAGGCUUAAAUGAACUUCUACCAUUAGCAGAACAAUUGAUCAUGAAUUCUGAUAGAUUUAAUCGAGUUGGAGAAGAGAAUUUUAAUGUAAUGAUUAUUGGAAUUCCUAAUGUUGGAAAGUCUUCUUUAGUGAAUGCUUUGAGAGUUAAAUAUUUGGGAAAAGGUCAUGCUACCCCUGUUGGUGCCUCACCUGGCAUUACUAAAAGUGUGCUUACUAAAAUUAAAAUUUCUGAGGAACCAUUAUUUUAUAUGUUGGAUACUCCAGGUAUUUUAGCUCCAAAUGUUCAGAAUAUUGAAGCUGGACUAAAAUUAUCCCUUUGUGCAACAUUACAAGAUCAUUUGGUUGGAGAAACAGUUAUAGCAGACUAUUUAUUAUUUCACCUCAAUAAAUAUGAACACUUUAAAUAUGUGAAAUAUUUUCAGCUAGAUAAACCUCAUGAUGAUAUACUUGUUGUUUUGACAGAAAUUUGCAAAAGAUAUAAGAUGAUGAUAAAAAUGAAAAAUUCCCUAAAUCAAUAUAUUUUUCGUCCUGAUUUUCAUUUAGCAGCAAAAGUUAUGUUGAAAGCUUUUAGAACCGGGGAGUUAGGUCAUAUAGUAUUAGAUGAGGGAUUACUAUAAGAAAAAAGAUAAUUGUGAUAUAAAUUCAGCCUGAAAUAAAAUUAACAAGACUAUAACUAUUCUAUUCAAAAUAAAAAAUUGUUGCACCUGUA